AUGUGCAUCCUGCAGGACCAAGUAAAAGCUUUUACGGGGGUGAACGAACGCACUUUCCUUGCCAUCAAGCCAGAUGGGGUACAGAGGCAUCUGGUCGGCGAGAUCAUCCGGCGUUUUGAGAAGAAAGGCUUCAAGUUGGUAGCGAUGAAGCUCAUGCAGGCUUCAGAAGAGUUGCUGAAAGAACAUUACAUCUCUCUCCGUGAGCGUCCUUUUUUCAGCCGCUUGGUGAAAUUCAUGAGUUCGGGACCUAUUGUGGCCAUGGUCUGGCAAGGGCAAGAGGUAGUGAAAACUGCACGGAUGAUGAUUGGGGAAACCAACCCGGCCGAUUCCAAACCGGGAACCAUCCGAGGAGAUUUCUGCAUUGAAGUGGACAAGUGA